AUGGAUUGGGAACCAAAAUAUCGCAGUACUGUAUGCUCUGAACAUUUCCGAUCUGAAGACUUUUAUAAAACUAAAUUUGGACUGAGGAAAAUCAAGAAUGGAGCCGUACCAAUUCUUUUACAAGAUUCAAACGAAGACUUAAAUUCAUCAGCAGUACUAAAGGUAUGCAGAAUAUGUCUAGCUAUGGAUAGAAAGCUUUAUCACAUAAUAGAUUAUAAAUUAGAUCUGCCGUACCAACAAAUUACCGGAUUGUUGGACAGUGGAGAAUACGAAUGUCCUAUUUGCAAGACUCGUAUGAUGACAAAGAGAGCGCAAAAAAAUCACAUCGGCAGUUUACAUACUGAAAAAAUGGCCUGCAAUCGAUGUGAUUUUGUAACUAAGCACAGAGGCGUCGCAAUAAGGCAUUUAGAAUGGCACGACGGUACCACAUACAAAUGUCCGCAUUGUCCUUCCGAGUUCAAAAAGAGGAGUUCAUACUUCGGACAUCUCAGACUCAAGCAUGUAUCGGAUUUCGUGUGUGAAAUUUGUGGCUACACAUUCCUUAGCAAAAAGGGUGUAUACGGUCAUAAGAAACGGAAGCAUAAAAUGAAACGUGGUAGUCCGAUGACUUUAGAUGGUCCAUACUGUGAAGUAUGUGAAGUUAGAUUUGCAUCAGAAAUGGCUUAUAACACACAUCUGAAAGUAUCUUCAAAACAUAGCACAGAUGAUGAUAGGAAUAGAAUCCGUAACGACUAUAUAGGUGUGGACCAUGUGAUCCAGUCGGUAGGUCGGGGCAAAGGGCGGCCCAUUGCCAAGGAUAGCAACAGACCGGAGCCCAAACUUAUUGAUUGCGAACAGUGUGGCGUACAGUUGCGCGGUAUGAUGAAGUAUAUGUACCACUUCAAACGUGAACAUCCAGACAAGCAUCGCACCAAGUAUCCUAAUGUCAAGGGGUCUGUAAUGUGCGACCAGUGCGGAAAGAUAUUCCACACUAAAGCAUUACUAUUAGAUCAUAUGUGGGUACAUACAGGAGAGAAACGCUUUAAGUGUUCGCUAUGUGACAAAAGUUUCUCCAUGCAUUGUAACUUAGUGAAUCAUCAGAUGGUCCACAGCGAACAACGACCGGUCUACGACUGCGAGAUAUGUGGCAAAGGAUUCCUUUUCGCGGCAAAUCGCAAACGACACAUGAUUGUCCACAGCGGGUUGAAACCAUUUAAAUGUGAUGUAUGCGAAAAAACCUUUAAAUCAAACGCUGAGAAACGUUUGCACUAUGAGCACGUACAUCUU